GUGACCGGUGUCACUGGACGAGCUGGUGUUUGGUAAGCACUUCAAGCAGAUGAUAUACGGAGGUGCACUGCCCAAGUCCCUGCGAUGUUCCAUGUUUGGGCGUAAUUACAACCAGAGGAUCGACGGGAAUGUGUUGCCGACAUCGAUGGUGCUCCUGGAUUUGGGCGGGGCGUUCAACGAGCCUAUCCAGAACGUAUCAUGGCCGCCGUCUCUGGAGCGGCUGAGACCGGUGUCCCUGGAGAAAUUGGCACUCGGUGAAUCCAGCAACGGAACGUUUGACGAGCCCAUCCACAGCGCCACGAGGCCGAUGUCACUGCAGCAUUUGAGGCUAAGCGGCAAGUUCAAUCAGCCUAUCGUGGAAGUGGUGUGGCUGCAAUCUUCGAAGACUCUCACACUCGAUGGAAUAUUCAAUCAGCCAUUUCACCAAGUUAUCCGGCCGUCCUCGUUGCGCCAGUUGAAGUUUGGGCAUUCAUUCAACCAGCCGAAGUCAAGUGGGCGGCCUCGCUAGAGCGCCUCCAUCUCGGUGCCACUAACGGGAAGUUUGAUCAGCCCAUCCACGGUGUCACAUGGUCAACGUCGUUGCGUUGGAUCGUUUUCGGAAAGGAAAGGCAUUCGACCGGCCCACGGACAACGUCGUUUGGCCGGCAUCGUUGCGUGGUCUGGUGUUGCCCUCUCAUUGCAACAGGGCACUGCCAGCAUGGCCUCGCGUAGAGGUGACCUUCGUUGAUGGUGAUGGAGACUAUUUCCGGUGUACGGUGUAAGCGCGGGUUUUGAGUUUCAUUGACGGAGGUCCGCAAUGGCCACGGCAAAACUACUGUUGUUAUACAAACACAGGUAUUCUUUGGAGUUUCUGGCACCUGCAGGAGUAGCACUGUAGGGGUAGAGAAAUGAUUUCUACGUUUAUUUGCGGGCGCGGGCACCAGUGACGGUUGUGUUUUCUGGAGGGCCGCUCAUACGUUCCAUCGGCAUGUCCCUGACUCAAAACCG